AUGAUUUCGUAUUUCAGGCGAUUUCAUGCGCCUGGACGGCGGAAGCGUCUCAAAUCGAAGUUGAAGGUGUUACUCCAAUCGCAUUACAAAGCACAAUACACCCAAGCAUACCCUGAAAAACUCGACAACAAGCAUGACUUUGCAAACCCGGUGAUGGCUGGUCCCAAACCGGGUAAGCUCUCGCGCAGAGCAGUUGUGGAAAUGCUCGAUGAUCUUGCUCUAGAACCAAAUGAUACCCUUUGCGAGAAGGCUCACUUGAAAGCAUCGCUAGAGGAACGUGACAUAUGUCCCACAGUCUGUCCUCCUAGCUACGGGGAGUGCGUUGGGCAUGACCAUCAAGGUGUCGAUGGUACUCAGGUAUCUACAAACUGGUCUCACGAUUCCAAGGUUGUCACUCAACUAACGCCACAAAGCACGGAAGAUUCUCUUGAAAGCCCUGCCCUUCCAACAACUCACGAACUCGAAAGAGGUAGAAAACGUGACAUCUUGUAUCGCUCCCAGCUCAAUGACUUAGCAACACGCAAGGGAAUGCGUAGACCAUCCCCCAAGAAGAAUCGUAUGGCUAAGGCUCUGCCACAAGCUUUAAUCUGCUUUAGUAUGAUCAUUCAGCUAGACAAAAGGGUGGAAGGUUGGAACCGAGGCUUCGUAGCUUUGAAGAUCUUGGUCUUGCUUUCGCUUUUGCUCAUAUACGGGAGGGCCAUUUUCUUUUGA